UCCUCUUCGUGCUACUAAGUGCUACGGAUCCGUGAUUUACCCCGAUACUUCAAGUCCCGCCAGCAUGACCAGCGCCGCCUUGCCGAUGGGAUACGCAGCCCCGAAGGGCGGAGACGGAGGCCUCGGGAGCGAGGUCGCCUUCGAGGACGUGGUGUUAGUGGCUCGGCUCGCGGCCUUGACGGCGGCAAAGGGGCGAGGCGGAGCAGACAAAGGCAACGACUGCGUUGGCGGCUGAGCU